AUGGCUUCUAACAAACGUUGCAUUUGGAAGACUCGUGCUCUAGAGCAUGAAAUUGGCAUUUAUCAGAAUUUAGUCAUGGAACUAGAGAAAACUGCCAAAACUCUACCACUUUCAGGCUCCAUCCAUUAUGAUGAAGUUGAUAUGCCUCAAAGACAAGUUCACACAAAGCUUCAAGAACUACAAACAUUGGCCAAAGCAAGGGGUAAAAAGUUGGAGGAGACACUUGAACUACAUGACUUCCUAAGAGAAUAUGAAGAUAUUGAGGAGUGGAUCAAUGAGCAAAAGCAGGUGGCCAGUUCUGAAGACUAUGGAGCUGAUUAUGACCAUGUUCUUGUAAGUUAUAAUGCUAAUGGUUAA